AUGGGGCGCGCGCGAACGUCUGCUGGCGGCUGCGGUUCCGCCGCCGCAGAGUACGAUGCGCGCGUGCAGGAGAAUCAGCAUGCGGCUGUGGCGCUCGCAGAGAAGGAGCUGGAGAUCCGCGAGCUCAAGGAGGAGAAGUCCGAGUACAAAUGCAAGUGCGAAGAUUUGACUUCGACUCUGAGGGCGCUCGCGGACGGCGUCGGGAACGCGAAGCUGCCUGCCGAGGCUGCCGUCGCUGCCUCUGGCGCGCGUGUGCAGGACAAAAACGACAAGACGGAUGUUUUCCAGGACAAGAAUUCCCCGCUGAAGGUCCACCGACAGGCGAAGCCAGUGAUCGCGGACAGCUCUGGGAAGAUCCACGAAAAG